AUGAUACGCGCCUUCGAGAAGUCUAGUGACUAUGAUGGGCACUCCGCAAUAGCCUCUCACAACGGCAGAAUACCUAUUUUUGCUGUCUCGGCAUCCCUCAUCGAGCGGGAGAUGGACAAGUACAUAAAUGCCGGUUUCGAUGGCUGGAUCCUCAAGCCUAUCGAUUUCAAGCGACUCAACACUUUGUUGCUAGGUAUCGUAGAGGACGACGUCCGUGCGACAUGCUUGUAUGCCCCAGGCCAGUGGGAGCAUGGUGGCUGGUUCAACCUCCGAGAGAAUAGGGCCAAGGACGGUGACGUCCAAACGACGCCGACAGAGACACCGGAGGUCCCGACCAAAGACCUUUUGUCGAAGGAAACUACCGAUUCUACACCUGACGCUCCAAGUUGA